CAACUUUAUAGCUUAUGAAAGAUGUAAUUCUAUAAAUAGUUGAAUCACUUAAUUAUCUGACACCACUAAAUAGCAAAACCUUUUAAGUAGCUUUCUCACUUACAGCAAUUAGUAUAUGGAGAAAGAAACAAAUGGAGUUGCAAGAUUAAUACAAAAAGCAGAGGAAGAAGAGUCUCAAGUUCAAGUGGAUAUAUGGAAAUGCAUAUCUGGUUUCGCUGAAAUGGCUGUCGCCAAAUGUGCAAUUGAAUUGGGGAUAUCUGAUUUCUUGGAAAGCCAUCAAGAACCUGUUCCCUUACACCAAUUGUCCUCUGCAUUAGGCUGCUCUGCUUCUUCCCUGCAUCGGAUCCUGAGGUUCUUGAUAAACAGGGGAAUAUUCAAAUUGGUGCCAAUUGAAAAUGGAGAAAUGGGUUAUGUACAAACACCUGUUUCUCGUCUUCUGAAAAGAGAUGGAGAAAAUAGCAUGGCUGCUCUUGUCUUACUUGAAAGUAGCCCAGUUAUGCUUGCUCCAUGGCACUACCUCAGUGCCCGCGUUUUGGCUAAGGAAAAUACUGGAGCAUUUAGUGCGGCUCACGGAAAGGACGUGUGGGAGUAUGCGAAAACCAAUCCGGAACAUAGCAAGCUGAUCAAUGACGCACUGGCAUGCCAUGCGCGGAUGACAAUGCGUGCGAUUAUUGAUAAUUGUGCGGAAAUAUUCAAAGGGAUAGAGUCAUUGGUGGAUGUUGGGGGAGGUAAUGGAACAACUCUUGGUAUGUUGGUGAAGGCAUUCCCUUGGAUAAAUGGGAUUAACUUUGAUCUUCCUCAUGUUGUGUCUGAUGCUCCUCCUUGUCAUGGUGUUGUACAUGUUGAAGGGGAUAUGUUUGAUUAUGUUCCCAAAGCUCAGGCUGCUUUCCUCAUGUGGGUCUUACAUGACUGGGGUGAUGAGGAAUGCAUUCAAAUCUUGAAAAAGUGCAUAGAAACUAUUCCAAAAGACACAGGAAAAGUGAUAAUUGUGGAGGCGGUUCUUGAUGAAAAAAUUGGCAAAGAGAAAAGCCUCAAGGAUUUUGGUUUCAUGUUAGAUAUGAUAAUGAUGACUCACACAACUAAUGGAAAAGAGAGAACUGCAAAAGAAUGGGCUUAUAUUCUGACUGCAGCUGGAUUCAGUAGGCACUCUAUUGUGCAAAUUCCUGCUAUUCAACCUAUUAUUCUGGCUUAUCCUUGAGUUGCAGUGGUAUUUUUUUAAACGAAAACAGAAUAAAGAAAAUUUCGAAGAGAGGAACGGCCGUCCAACUAUUACAAAUAUAAGAGAGCGAACACUACUCUCGAUAACAAUGAAAGAAAACACCACAUACCAGAAUGAUCUUCUCUAAUAAUUUGUUUUAUUGUUAUUUUGGAUUUGGUUGUCCUGUUUUUGUGUUUUUUGUGAGUAUUUCGAUUUAGUUUGGGAUAAAUGUGGGAUAAUUUAUUUUGUAUUUUGAAUAUUGUGGUGUGUUCUCGUAUAUG